CACACACACACACACACACACACACACACACACACACACACACACACACACACACACACACACACACACACACACACACACACACACACACACACACACACACACACACACACACACACAUCUGCCUCCCCCACCCCCCUUGCCAGCAUCUCUGCGGAGCCACAGUGAGGGACUUAAUAGUUGAGCUUCUUCUUGGCCAUGUCUUUGGAUGAAGGAUGCUCCAAAAAAAAUAAAAAAUUAUAUCUACUGUAUAUAUAUGAAGAGAAACAAAUUUCAACCUCUCACUGGAGCCUGAGUAAGAGGAAGCGGCUUUUUCUGUCCUCACAGGAAAUCGACUGCUCCGGUGCACCAGCAACAUGUCGCUUCUCAAACAAGAGCCCUCCAAAGAUUCCAGAACCACUGAUAGUUUACCCAAACUGCCGCUGCCGGCGUUAAAAGACACUUUGGACACGUACCUGAGAUGUGUGAAACAUCUGCUCACUGAGGAGUGCUUCCAAAAAACUCAGGAGACUGUGAAGCACUUUGGUGCCCCUGGAGGCCUGGGGGAGCUACUGCAAUGCAAGCUGGUGGAGAGGAGAGAGAAAAAGGCCAACUGGGUGUACGACUACUGGCUGAAUGACAUGUACCUCAACAACAGACUGGCAUUGCCGGUCAACUCCAGCCCCGCCAUGGUAUUUCCACACCAGAACUUCAGAGCGCCGGUCGAUUCUCUGAGGUUUGCUGCCAACUUGAUCUGUGGAAUUCUAGAGUACAAAAGUUUGCUCGAUGCACAUACGUUACCUGUGGACUACGCCCGAGGUCAACUUGCGGGAACUGCCCUUUGUAUGGAGCAGUACUAUCGGAUCUUCAGCGCCUACCGUCUGCCGGGCCAUGAGAGAGACACGCUCGUGGUGGACAACAGUAGUGCGAUGCCGGAACAUAUCAUUGUGGCUUGCAAGAACCAGUUUUUUGUCCUGGACGUGGCGAUCAAUUCCCGCCGUCUAAACGACCGAGACCUCCUGACUCAACUGGAAAAGAUCGUGAAAAUGGCUCACGAUGAAGAUGAACGGCAGCCGCCGAUUGGUCUUCUCACCUCCGACGGCCGAACGGCAUGGGCGGAGGCCCGCGGCGAACUCCUCAGAGAGUCGACCAACAGAGAAUCUUUGGACCUGUUGGAGCGGUGCCUUUGUUUGGUCUGUCUGGAUGACGGCGGCAAAACCGAGUGGACCGAUUCCGCCCGGGCCUUGUUGAUGCUGCACGGGGGAGGAGCAGCCGCGAACGGGGGUAACCGGUGGUACGAUAAGAGCAUGCAGUUUGUCGUAGGGGCCGACGGCUGCUGCGGAGUUGUGUGCGAGCAUUCGGCGUUUGAAGGCAUCGUUCUGGUGCAGUGCACGGAGUACCUUCUCAAGAACAUCUCCCAAACUAAGCCGGUCCCAGCUGAAAGUGGGAGCGAGCUGCCGGCUCCGCGACGACUCCGCUGGAAAUGUACCCCGGUGGUGCACAAACUCGUCUCCUCAUCUGCGGAUAGACUCCACAGGCUCGUCAAGAAUCUCGAGGUGAACGUCCACAAGUUCCGCCAUUACGGGAAAGAAACGAUCAAGGGGCUGAAAAUGAGUCCAGACGCUUUCAUCCAGGUGGCUCUUCAGUUGGCCUACUACAGAUGUCACGGCAGAGCCGUUUCCACUUACGAGAGCGCCUCCAUACGUCGCUUUAAGGACGGCCGGGUGGACAACAUUCGCUCUGCCACACCAGAGGCCCUGGUCUUUGUUCGAGCAAUGACUGGCGGGAACGUGCGCGACUGCGAUGCAAUGAAGAUGGAGUUGUUACGGGCUGCUGUAACAGCACAGACAAAGAAUUCCAGCCUGGCUAUCAUGGGGAUGGCGAUAGACAAUCACCUACUAGGAUUACGGCAGAUGGCGCAAGAGCUAAAGAUCGAGAAUCCUGAGAUCUUUCGAGACGAGGCCUAUCGCGUCAGUCACGAGUUCAUUCUCUCCACAAGUCAGGUCCCCACCACCGUUGAGAUGUUCUGCUGCUACGGACCUGUGGUCCCAAACGGAUACGGGGUGUGCUAUAACCCUCAACCGGACCAUUUCGUAUUCUGCGUGUCAAGCUUUCGGGAGAGUCAACAAACGUGCUCAUCAGAAUUUGUCAAAAGUCUGGAGCAAGGGCUGUUAGACAUGAGGGAUUUGUGUCAGAAAUACAAGACCCGUGAGCCCAGACAGGGUCCUACCGAGAUGCCGGCUGACCUGAGUAAGAACCCGGAAGCACCGGUACUUGACCUUGCCAAGACACUGAGCCAGACUAAACUGCAGGCUGGAGGUAAAGCCUAAAAAAA